CAUGGCGAUGGGCAGGAUGAGGUGAAGAGGAGGAGAGCAAAACACACACACACACACGGAGGGGGGGAAAGAAGGAAAAGAAAGAAGGGAAAAAAAAAAACAAGAGAGGAAAAAAGCGAGGAGAAACAAAAACAAAGGAGAAAAAGAAGGAAAAAUAAAGGCAAAGAGGGCCGGGGGAUGCAAGCAGAGCUGGCAGCGGCACCGCAGUAAUUCCCGUCCCUGCCCCCUCUCUCCCCGCAGCUCCAAAAAAAUUAAAAGCAAAAAAAAAAAGAGAGAGAAAGAAGGAAAAAAACCCAAAACCCCAAAGCAGCACCCGACCCAGCAAACCACCCAACCCGACAUCUCUGGCUUUUUCAUGGAGAGCAAAAACCCCAGGCAAGCGGAGGAGGACCGGGACUCCUGGGCGCGGAGACCUUUGCAUCAAAAUGCUGAUAGUCGAAAAAACGACUGACUACCCUUCGGCCGAGUACUCCUUGGUGGAGGAUGUAGCCCUCCACUUCACGUGUUUGAUGGACAGACUGAACGAGCAACGCCUCUUUCAGCCGGACCUGUGCGACGUGGACAUCGUGCUGGUGCAGCACAAGAGCAUCUUCCCGGCGCACAAAGGCGUUCUGGCAGCCUACAGCCAGUUCUUCCACUCCCUCUUCACCCAGAACAAGCAGCUGCAGCGCGUAGAGCUCUCUCUGGAGGCCCUCACCUCGCAAGGCCUCCAGCAGAUCCUCAACUUCAUCUACACCUCCAAGCUGCUGGUGAACUCCUGCAAUGUGCAGGACGUGCUGAACGCGGCCGCUGUGCUGCAGAUGAACAACAUCGCCUCUUCCUGCCAGGACCUGCUGGACACCCGCUCGCUCAGCCUGGCCGCCGACAUGGCCCUGCCCGCCGAGGGCUGCGCCGGGCCCCCGCCCUACUACUGCGAGAUCAAGCAGGAGGUGGAUGCCCCCCACCCCAAAAUCUACGCCCGGGAGGGCACCGACCCCUACUCGGUGCGGGUGGAGGACGGGACGGGCGGCGGGGCUCUGCCCGCGGGGCAGGCCAAGCAGUACUACAAGGAGGAGAAGGAUGGCGGCGCGGGCGCCGUGUGUAAGAUGGAAGGCGAGGAGUCGGAGGAGGACCUGGACGGCCAGGGCUCGUACAACCGGGAGCAGAUCAUCGUGGAGGUGAACCUCAACAACCAGACCCUCAACGUCUCCAAGGGCACGGAGGGGAAAGCGGCCGCCGGCGAGGCGGCCGUGAUGGGGAGGCCCGAGGGCGAUGGGCGCGACGCGGAGGAGGACGGGGAGGAGGAGAACGAGGAGGGAGAGGAGGAGGAGGAAGAGGAGGAGGAUGCAGAGGAGGAAGAGGAGGAGCACAGCGAGGAGGAAGACCUGGAGGAGACGACGGAAGAAGAGGACGACGACGACGACGACGAAGACGCGUCGGAGGCGAAAAGGGAAAAGGCCGCGCAGCCCCGCAGAGGCGCCCGGGCGGCCAAAGCCACCAAACCCACCGUGGCAACCCGCUCCCAGGAGAUGGCCAAGGUGGAGGAGGAGGAGGAGGAGGAAGAGGAAGGCCAGCGAGGGAGGAAGAGGAAAAAAGAGCAGGACAGUUUGGGCCAGAAGGUGAAGCUGGAGGAGAAGCAGCACUACCCGUGCAAGAAGUGCCCGCGGGUGUUCAACAACCGCUGGUACCUGGAGAAGCACAUGAACGUGACCCACAGCCGCAUGCAGAUCUGCGACAAGUGUGGCAAGCGCUUCCUGCUGGAGAGCGAGCUGCUGCUGCACCACCAGACCGACUGUGAGAAGAACAUCCAGUGUGUGACAUGUGGGAAGGGGUUCAAGAAGCUCUGGUCCCUCCAUGAGCACAACAAGAUUGUCCACGGCUACGCUGAGAAGAAGUUCUCCUGCGAGAUCUGUGAGAAGAAGUUCUACACCAUGGCCCACGUACGCAAACACAUGGUUGCUCACACCAAGGACAUGCCGUUCACCUGCGAGACCUGCGGGAAGUCCUUCAAGCGCAGCAUGUCCCUCAAGGUCCAUUCGCUCCAGCACUCUGGGGAGAAGCCUUUUAAAUGCGAGAACUGCAACGAGCGCUUCCAGUACAAGUACCAGCUGCGCUCCCACAUGAGCAUCCACAUCGGCCACAAGCAGUUCAUGUGCCAGUGGUGUGGCAAGGACUUCAACAUGAAGCAGUACUUCGACGAGCACAUGAAGACACACACGGGAGAGAAGCCCUACAUCUGUGAGAUCUGCGGGAAGAGCUUCACCAGCCGGCCCAACAUGAAGCGGCACCGGCGGACGCACACGGGCGAGAAGCCGUACCCCUGCGACGUCUGCGGCCAGCGCUUCCGCUUCUCCAACAUGCUCAAGGCCCACAAGGAGAAGUGUUUCCGCGUCACCAACCCUUUGGCUUUGGACACGGCUGCCCCGCAACCCGCCACCAGCCCGGCCCCGCUGCCCCCAGGCCCCGGCGUGUCCCCUCUGCCCCUGCCGCUGCUUCAUCCCCUCCCACAGAGCCUCCCUCCUCCUCCUCACCUACCGCCACCCCCUCCCCUGUUUCCCGCGGGGAGGAUCAAUUCGAACAACAACUAGGUGCCCCCCGCCCCGGCCGUGUGCCCGCACGGACUGCUCUGCCCUUUGGGGACACCUCCCCUCCCCGGGGAGCCAAGGCUUCGCUUGCUCUCUGCCCCCCCUUUCCUCCUCGUUUUGGGGUUGUUUUGAUGCAUUUCCCCUCCUUUCUCACCUGGUGUUCUCUGUGGAGAGGGGGAGCGGGGUUCUUCUCCCCCACCGUGAAGAACGUGGUAGAGGGAGGGGAAGCGCCGUCCGUCCGUGAGGGUGUAGGUGAAAGGCAUCGCUCUCGGUUUCAUCCUCGUGGCAGGGUGCUGGUGGGGCUCAGAGGAGCAGGAUGCCACCCACGCUUGGCCAGGAGUGGAGUUCACCCCUCUCGUGUGCCCGGUGAACGCCUCCCACCGCUGGGGUAUUUAUAACCAGAUGAAAUCUAGCUUGUGGUGCUUGAAUCCCUGUACUGUAAAGCUGGUCUUUCAAUUCAGGCUCUUUUCCCAAGAGGUUGAGAGGUGGGUGACUGUGGAGGAGCCCCUGUCAGCCCUGUGACCCUUGGGGAGCAGAUGUCCCCGUUGGAAAGCUGUCACCGUGUGCUCCUUCGCUGCCCUCGCUGCGUCUUCCUUCCCCCUGAUGGGUUUUCUUCCUUGGUAGGUGAAAGCACAAACACAGUCUCGGGGCAUUGGCAGCUUGCUGACGGUUCGUUGUUGGGGUGCCCUAAGGGAGCUGGGCUCUGGAGGGCCCUUUCUGCUCAUCCCAGCAGGAGCUGAGCUCCUGGGAAUGCUCUGAAGUCCGGGAGGUGUCGCUGGGAGAGCUCCACUUGGCCUCGGGGCCGGCAGGAGGGUGGCCUGGGGCAGAGGAGCAGGACACUGCUGUUUCUCGGCAAAGUCAUCCCAGAAUAGUGCCUUAAACAAUCUGAAGAAACCCCUGAGUGAUGGCUGAGCUCCAGCUUGGGUCCUGCUGCAAAGUUGAGAGCUAAAGCAGGACCCUGUUCAGCCUGGUGACCGUGUCCCAUCCUCCAGCUCACUGCCUGCAUCGCUCUCCCAAGCGGCACCUCUCCCCGUGGGGUUGGCAUCAUUGCUCUGCUCUGGUUUAAGGGGGGCAGAGGGGACCAGGAAGGACUGUGAUUGUUUUGUUGAUGCCUCUUGGCGUUGGUUAGUGCUUCUCUGGUCACUUUGUUGAACUGGUUUCACUUACUGAGGCCGGCUUCAUGCUGGUGGAGGAGGAGAAGGCAGCUUUGCUGGCAGCUUUCUGUUGGAUGCAGGGGUCCAGGCUGAGUCUCUUGUGCUCUGCCCCAGGAUGUCUUGUCUUGGCCUGAUCAUGGUUGUGUGGAUUGUCUGCCUGGGGAAGUGUCCCCUUUGGGGCUGGGAAUGCUGCAGGGGCUGCAGAGCAUCUGCCACAGGCAGAGGGGUGAGUGCACUCUUGAGACCAGCACUGCAGAUGUGGGUCAGGUCAUGGAGGAGGUGGUGAACAGGGCUGUAGGUAGACAAGAGAGAGUGUUGAGUGGGUUGCAGGAGCUCUUUCUCAUUUGCAUCUCGUGCUGGGUGAUAGGGUGAGGGGACAGUGAGCCACAUCAGGCUCUGCAGGAAGUCUUGCUGUGUUGCCUCCUGGACCAAAUCAGCAAAGCACUGAGGCAGUGAUGAGAUUGUCCCAUCCAGAGGUGGGAUCAGCUUUGCUGACUGGGUCCAUGCAGGAGCAUUGGCUUGGUAGGGACAGGAGAGGGGAGCUUCUGUUCUCCUGAGUGCAAUUUGAGGUGAUGGGUCAGGUGGCUGGUGUCCCCUCCUGCUGAGCGGUGCCUCGUGGCUGACAUCUCUGGCAAGCUGGCUGCUCUUGUGGAUGUUGACACGUUGGAGCAACCAGUUGCUUUUCAUCCUCGUGUUAGCUGGGACCCUCUGGACUCACAGCACUGCAAUCAGUGCCAGUGAGCUCACUCUCAUUUCCAUCUGCUUUGAGUAAAAGGAAGAUGCUAUGGCAGAGCUGCCUCACCACAUUGACCUUUUCAGAUGUGUACCAAAGGCUUCUCUGCUCUCCUUCCUCCGUGACCCUGAGGCUCAUUGGGAUGGUGCAGAGCCUUCAGACACACCCAUGAGGGAUGCUUUUGGGGCUGUUGGCUUUCUGAAGGGACCAUGACCCAGACUGGAAGAUGACUGCUUUAGAGAAGCAUUCAGUGAUACCCUUGGACAAGUUGGAGGUCCAUGCUGUCUCCUCCUCCGCUGCCUUCCCAGAUCCCAUCUCCUCAGGCUCCCUUCUGCUUCUUUUCCCUCACACUCCCUCUUGAGAUGGGAUUGGGAGCCCUGCACUCCAAGGAGGGCUUACCUUGCCCUUAUGGUCUUCUGUGAUGGAGCCCAUCAGCUUGCCUAGCUGGUGGACUUCUGCCCCCAGGUCAACACCCACGUCAACAUGUGCUCCCUUGUACCGCUCACCUGGAGGUGGCUUUCCCUGUCCCUUUCCCAGUUCAUCCUCUCCCAUUGAGGACCUGUCCCUCUUGGAUGUCACUGUGAGAUGAGAGCACCUCACUGAGGUUAGAAGAGCAGCAGAAGGCCCAGUGACUGAUCCCAGCUGCGUCCCAUCCGCUUCGAGAGCCUGCUGGUAGAGCCACGUGGAGACGCUGAGAUGUGACCACGCACACAGCACUUUGGAGAACCAGAUCCCUGCUGCUCCCUCCCUUCCAAAGCCUGGGCAGUUCCCAGGAGCCCUCCAUGGCCUCUGAGCCCUUUUCCUCAGCCCCAGUUUGUCUCUUCAUGUCUGGUUUUCGUUGAUGGACUCAGAGCUCAAACGAGUCGCUCCCGCAGUGUCUUGUCCCGCGUCCAUCCCUCUUGGCCCCGCUGGGAUGGACAAGGCAGGAGGUGAGGGAGCUGAGUCCUUCAUUUUCAAGCUUUUUAUGUUGUUUUUGUUUUAACUCUUGCACCUUAAUCUCUCACAUCCCUCCUUUGACAGGCCCCAGGGGUGGGGAGGGGCUUUGAUUUCCAUUACGCGCGUCACGAUGCAACGUUCGGCUGACGACCCUGAACCCCACGCCUGUCUUGUGUUUGAAUCUUCCCCCUCACACACACACACUUCAUUUGAACUCUGGGGAGGGAGGGACUCAUGUGGGGAAGGUCAUUUGUUUUGGUUUCUAUAUCCCAGGAGCCUGGUAGCACAGACCAGUCGGCCUCAUAACGUCCGUGAGGCAGAGCUGGCCCUUUGGACCACAGCCAUAACCCCAGCGCAGU